UUGCGGCGGUAAAAAACCAAACACAACAACUGCCAAAAUGCAACGUUUCAUCUGUGCUUUAUUCUCGGUGUUGGCACUCGCGCAUGCCCUUCCUUAUGGCGGCUCGAGCAGCAGCAGUAGCAGUGGCGGUUAUGGCGGCAGCAGCAGUGGCGGUUACGGCGCGCCAGCUGCAGCACCCGCUCCAUCUUAUACCAGCGGCGAUGUAAUUGUGUCACAGGAACCCGCAGUCUUGUAUAACAUUCCUGCACCAUCGGCUUGGAAUAUAUCGCCAGCUAGAGCAGCCGGUCCAGUGCUAACACCGGUUGACGCUAGGACUAUCUCAGGAUCUGGUACGGCAUCAUCGUUGAUUGGCAUCUCAUCGCGUCCAAGUGCCAUCGCUGCUGCGGCUUCUGCUAAUGUGCCUUUGAAUGCUGGUUCCUACAAGCUAUUGAUUGUACCCUCCUAUGAAGUGCCCAAUAUUGUGGGACCUGAACCUGCUGUGCCCAAGUCGCCCGCUGGUGUUGGUGCUGGUGGCAGUGGCGGACAGGGUUAUGGCGGUCAAGGCUAUAGCGCUCCGGCUAGUCAAGUGAUCAGUUAUUAAUUGCUUUAAUAUUGGCUACAAACAUCUCAAAUGCAAGGAAGCAAAAUUACUGUUAAAUACAUGAGCUCCAAGAGCAAAUUCCUUAAUUAAUGAA